AUGGAGGGAUUGGGAAAUGGAAUCUCUGUCUCUCUCUCUUAUCUCUUCUGUUCCCAAGCCCAUGCAUCCAUCUUUGCCACCAAAGCACUUCAAUUAAUAAUUAUUUUGCAAGAGAGGAAAGCACUUGUUUGCACAUUUUCCAACUCUCUUUUUAGAAUUUACCUUCUGAACUCUUUUUUUUAUCCCCCCCCCCAUUUUUUUUGUUCAGCAAAAAAGUCAGCUCCCCAUAACUUAAAACCUCUCCUUCUCUAGCUCUCUCUUGCUGCAACCUUCUUAUACUCAACAAAAACUUCCCAUUUCCCUUUAUUCUCUCACUUCUUUUCUUUCAAAGGUUUCUUCUAAAAUUCCUUUCUUUUUGUUUCAGCCAAUAUGGAAUAUGAAGAGAAGCUUUCUCAAGUAGCUGAAACCAACAACAAUAUUGUUGAAAUGGAAGAAACCCCAACAAGAGUUUUCCCCUGUUUGUUCUGUUCAAGAAAAUUCCAAAGCUCUCAAGCUUUAGGAGGCCAUCAAAAUGCUCAUAAGAAAGAGAGGACUGCUGCGAGAAAGGCGAAGCGAAUAUCAGAUUACUCGACCAAUUUCUCGUCGCCACCGUCGCCGUUCCCGGCCCCGCCGUCAUUGGUUUUUCCAGCUAGCCAUCAGCAACAUCAUCCAGGACUAUUGCCACAGCCAGUUUACAUUGCUACUCAUGGGACUAAUCUUCAUUGUUUUCCCAAUAACCAACAACUGUUGUAUGAAAACAUGGUUUAUUGUGGUGGGGUUUGUACAAGUAAUAGAUAUCAUCAAUGUGGGGCAGAUGAAGAAAAUUUGUUGAAUUGGGAGAGAAGUAUAAAGAAGGAUCUUAGUAGGAUAAAUCAUGAUAAGGAAAAAGAACAAAAACUUGAUCUUUCUCUCCAUUUAUAGAAGCCUU